ACAUGAAAUCCUGAGUAGGAAAAGGGCAAAUUGGGGGUAAUCUGGAUUACGAGCCAGAACAGGGAAUUGCAACUGUCUCCAACAGUGAAGGGGUUAACAUUUCAUUCGUCCUACUGGAAUGUUAAUGGACCACAGCAGAAAUCCAGGAGUCUGGCUGCAACAGGAGCUCAGUCCUUGGCUUUGUUAAUAUUUGUGCUGGUUAUUUUUCCCCUCAUUCUUUCACACCUCUUCUUUCUCUCUCGUUUUUGGUCUCUCUCUCUCUCUCUCUCUGUGGCUUGUGUGGUCACGUUUGGUUUUAAGUGCCUGUUGUAAUCCCAUCCUCCUGGCCUGAGAGGGAGGAGGAGGAGGAGGGAAACGGCAUGCGAGAAGCGAGCAACAAGAUAAAAUGGAUAGCAGAGGCAAGAAGCCUGGAGGGUGGAAGAUUGUGCUGCGAGGGAACAUUAGAAAGGAAAGGGGAGACGCCCAGGAUUUAUAAAAACCAGCGGCUCAGGUUUUCAGGAUUCCUAGCUCUUUCCUUCUCUACAUGCGGGGCAAGACUCCAGAUAGGAAAACCCGCAAUUCCUUCUUACUGUAUUUUCCAGCCCAGCUUCUGUGCCGUUUUUCCAUUAUGGCUUUUGCUGCUAUGGUUGGCUGCAUUGGUUGGGCCUCACUCGUGUUGCACCACUGAUGGCUUGCUACUCAGAGCAGAAGCAGAGGAGUGAAUGAAUUGGGGCAUGAGCACAGGGAGGCCACACCUUGUAUCCAGCAGCCAUGCUCCUCCAAGGACUGCGGCUCUAUGGGAAGUGGUGCCGUUUUUCUCGCCCCAUUACUCAGCUCCUUACCUUAACUGUGGUGACGUUUGGCGUGUUGGCUCCCUUGAUUUGCCACCGGCUCCUCCACUCCUAUUUUUACUUACGCCGCUGGCAUCUGAACCCCAUGAGCCAGGAGUUCCUGGAGCAGAACCAGGAGGAUGGCCAGGCCGCCCUCCGUUACUUCGAGGACCUGCGGACUCCUAACUCCUCGGAGAUCUCAAGCGACAAGGCCCUCAGACCGUGGCUGCUCAUCACUAUCAUCACCGUGCAGAGGCGGAACGAGUUCCACUACGUCCUGCAGGUGGCUUCCCGCUUCCACCGCCUCCUCCAGCAGUGUGGCCCUCGCUGCCGGAGCCACCAGAUCUUUCUCUGUAACGUGGAGCAGGAGCCAGGCAGCCACCAGGACGCCAGGCUGUUGGGUACCUUCUUUGCAAUGGUCAGCCGCUACAAAAACUGGGAGGACCCCAAUGCCUCAGUGAACCAGUUUGAGAAGGAGAAGCGGGACUAUGCCUUCUGCCUGGAGCAAUCGCUGUUGGCCUACAGUCCAGAGUACGUCCUUCUGGUGGAAGACGAUGCUGUUCCCGAAGAGGAGAUAUUCCCUGUCCUGCAGCACCUGCUGUUGGCACGGCUCUCAAAGCCACACCUCAAAGAUGCCCUCUACCUGAAGCUGUACCAUCCCGAGCGGCUUCAGCGCUAUAUCAACCCGGAGCCCAUGAGGAUCCUGGAGUGGCUCGGCCUGGGCAUGUUUCUGGGCCCUCUGCUGAGCUUUGUGUACUCCUGGGUGUCUGGCCGCCCAAGCCUUACCUGGCCCAUUGUCCUGUUUUUUGCCUUGUACAGCAUGGCACUAGCAGAACUGGUGGGGCGCCACUAUCUGCUGGAGCUGCGCCGGCUGGCUCCUGCACUCUACAACGUGGUGCCAGCCACUGAGUGCUGCACGCCUGCCAUGCUGUUCUCCGCCCCUUCCGCCCGCCGUGUCUUAGGUUACCUUCAGGAGCUGCACUGCCGUCGGGGCUUCGCCAAGGACAUUGCACUCUACUCGCUGUUGCGCACCAAGGGUGAGAAGGCCUAUGUGGUGGAGCCCAAUCUGAUCAUGCACGUGGGGAUGUUUUCCAGCCUCAGGCCAAAUGACAGCCCUAAGCUACUGUGA